AUGGAUUUCCGUCGUCUCCUCUUCCUCCUCCUCGUCAUCUCCGCAUCCACCGACUCUUCCGCCGCCGCAUCUUUUCCGUCUGCCUAUGAGGUCCUCCAGCAGUUCGAGUUCCCAGUGGGCCUCCUGCCCGAGGGGAUCACAGCAUACGACCUGGAUACCGGGACGGGCAGUUUCUCGGCCCAGCUGAACGCCACGUGCAGCUUCGAGCUCGAGAACAAGUACACGAUCCGGUAUGAGCCCAUCAUCGAGGGCGUGAUCAUGACAGGGAGGAUCGAGGACCUGAAGGGUGUGAGCGUCAGGGUCCUGAGCAUGGUGUGGCUCAGCGUGGUGCGUGUGGUCAGGGCAGGGCCAAACAUUAAGUUCUCAGUUGGGGUCGCCUCGGCAGGGUUUCCCGUGGAGAACUUUGAGGAAUGCCCGAGGUGCGGAUGCGGGUUAGACUGUGAAAAGGAAAAGGGGUCUUCUUCAUCGUAG